UGCAUUCCAGUUUACGGAAAAUGAUAAAAUAAUCCAAAAAGAUAAGUAAAAUAAAUGGUGUAUUCAAAACUACAUUAGUGCUUUUAAUUAGUAAUAUAAUAUAUAAAUUUAUAUUCUUAGAAAACUUAACUUUUCCUGGCACAUCUUAGCUCUUAGCUUCAUUGUUAGAGAAUAGAGAUUUUGAUGUAAACCUUGGUUACAUGGUUAAGAUAUGAUAUUAGCGAAAUAUUACUACCAAACAUCUGUUUAUAGAAGAGAUUUUACCUCUUUCUUGGGCUAUGAUGAGUUUGUUAUGGGAGAGAAAAGAAAGCAGCAUGGAGUCUUUGUCAGUGUCAUACUAGUUAAGCAAACUGAUAUUUAUUGAACUCAUGAUUAGGACUAGGACAUGGAAACUCAGAGGCAGCGAAAACUACCUCCUGCCCGGUACGUGCUGGCCAUAUUAGGGUGCAUGGGUUUUGCAACUAUCUAUGGGCUAAGGGUGAACCUCUCUGUCGCUCUGGUAGGAAUGCUCAACCAUACUGCGCUGCUACAAAUAGAAGCCGCCGAAGCCGGCAAGAAAAAGGCCGGAGCAGAAAUUAUGGCGAUGCUAUCUGCGGAAGCGAGUUCGAAACCAAAUGUGGAAGACGGACCUUUCGUGUGGAGUUCGCAGAUCCAAGGACUUGUCCUCAGCUGUUAUUUCUGGGGAUAUUUAGUGGCACAGAUACCUGGUGGACGUCUCGCAGAGUUGUACUCGGCAAAAUGGGUGAUGUUCGGCGCUGUAUUCAUAAACGCAGUAUGCACUAUACUCACGCCAGUUAUGUGUAAGAUACACUACGUCGGAGUGAUAAUCAUGAGAGUCCUCGAAGGUCUUGGAGGGGGCACGGCAUUUCCUGCAAUGCACUGUAUGUUAUCGAAGUGGGCGCCGCCAGCGGAGCGAAGUUUCAUUUCGGCAGUGACGUAUGCGGGCACGUCGCUUGGUACCGUCAUAUCUACAUUGUCAGCGGGAAUGAUCAUUGCUAGUUUUGGUUGGGAAAUGGUGUUCUAUUCGAUGGGUGGGGCGUCUCUAAUAUGGUGCGUGAUGUGGGUGAUGUUGGUACAGGACACGCCGCAACGACAGAAGUAUAUAACCGAAGAGGAACGGACCAUGAUCAUCACCUCACUCCAGAAUACUGAUGAGUCGAAGGAGAAACCAAAGGUACCGUGGCGUGCGGUAGUCACAUCAUCAGCGUUCCUCGCGAUCCUUGUUGCCCACGUGUGCAAUAACUUCGGAUGGUAUAUGCUACUGAUUGAACUGCCCUUCUAUAUGAAUCAAGUGCUCAAGUUUAAUAUUAAAGAGAAUGCAGUGGCGGUGUCUCUACCAUACCUAACGCUAUGGAUAUUCAGCAUGUUCAUAAGUAAACUCUUGGAUCAUCUGCGUUCUCUAUCGUAUCUCACCAUGACAUCGGCACGAAAGAUUGCCACGUUAAUCGCGUCCGUGGUGCCGGGCAGCUGCCUGCUAGUUCUCUGCUUCAUCGCGCACCGCGGCGUAGCGGUUGCGCUCAUGGCCCUUGCUGUCACCUGCAACGGCGCCAUAUUCAGCGGCUUCCUGAGCAACCACAUUGAUAUAGCACCAAAUUUCGCCGGUACUCUAAUGGCGUUAACGAACACAGUGGGAACGGUACCAGGAGUCAUCGUUCCUCUAUUAGUCGGAUACAUAACACAUGGAAAUCAAACACUUGCAGCUUGGCGGAUAGUAUUCUUGAUAGCUGUCGCUUUAUACGUGCUUGAAAUAGUCGUGUACACGUGGUUCGCAUCGGGUGAAGUGCAGCCGUGGAAUGUAGGGAGUCAGCCAUCUAAUAAACAGCCCGCCGCACCACCAGCACCAAAAGCUGAAGACCCGAAAAAAGGUUUAACCAUAAAGAACUCUUAGGCGCUACCAGAGUGACUGUUGUACAUUUUGACAUGUGAAGGUCACCCGACCUUAAAUAGACAUUUUUUCGAGGUUUUUUACAAAUAAAAUAAAACCAGCACUCGUGUACAGUUUGAUAACGUUGACGCCGAAAGAACUUGCUGAAAUGUAUGGAAAUUACAUUUUUGGUAAGUCACGUGACCUUGACCUGUCAUCUCCAUACAUGGAAGCGUUUUCUAUCAAAGCUAAUGUUUACCGAAAUGUCACUUAUCUAGAGGGACAGGUUGUAUAUUGUUACAUUGUGUAGUGAAACCUUUUUUAUACUUAGGUAUGAUUUUUAUAGUAUUUCACGUGUUGUUUUCUUUUCGAUGUUUUUACUGGUUUUGGGUGCGAAGAUGAUUAUUUAGAGGAUGUUAUAUUUAUUGAACUGUCCCGGUUGUUUAGUAAUGACUGCUAUACCAGAGGUCGUGGGUUCGAUUACCACCCAGGACAUGUUUUUUGUGUUAUAAGCACAAAUAUUUGUCGUGAGCCUGAGUGUAUUUUUCUAUGAUAUUUGUGUAAAACUUGUAGAUUUUUUUUUCUUUCCUAUUAUCAUGAAAAUCAUUUUUUAAAGUUGUGCUUAACCUUUCUUGGUUGUAUACAUGCACCCGAGUAUAAAGAUUCUAAAAACAUCGUGUAAGAAACAACAUGCUACACGUAAUAAUUGUAAAUUUUAUAACUUACUGAAGAUAUUUUGUAUGUUACUGUUAUUUCGAAACGUGUGUUUUAAAAAUAAUAAUUAAUGUGUAUUUAAAUUUGUUUUUUAUUAAACUAAAACCUUAUUCUUAUAUUUACAAGUUU